AUGCAGCAAAUGUUUUCGCGGCGGGAACGCUCUCCGUCGCGAGGGAGGCGCUCGCAGGAGCGCAGGAGGUCGCCGACGCGCUCGCCACGACGGGCGGCGUAUCGCGCAGAUCCGGCUACGCCCGUGGGCGUACGUGCUGGAGGACGCGGAGCGGAUCUGUACAUCAGAUCGGAGCCGAGAAGGCAGCCCGCAGCCAGCGAUCCGUGGGAUCUAGCAAGAGGCCAGCACGGAGUGGAUGACGACGUGGACAUGGACACGCCAAGCGUUGAAGGCGAAGAGGAAGAGCUCGACGGAGACGAUUCCCCUGCUGCGCGGGGAGGCGGGAGGCGCGCUGGCGCCGACGGAGACGAUUCCCCUGCUGCGCGGGGAGGCGGGAGGCGCGCUGGCGCCGACGGAGACGAUUCCCCUGCUGCGCGGGGAGGCGGGAGGCGCGCUGGCGCCGACGGAGACGAUUCCCCUGUUGCGCGGGGAGGCGGGAGGCGCGCUGGCGCCGACGGAGACGAUUCCCCUGCUGCGCGGGGAGGCGGGAGGCGCGCUGGCGCCGACGGAGACGAUUCCCCUGCUGCGCGGGGAGGCGGGAGGCGCGCUGGCGCCGACGGAGACGAUUCCCCUGCUGCGCGGGGAGGCGGGAGGCGCGCUGGCGCCGACGGAGACGAUUCCCCUGCUGCGCGGGGAGGCGGGAGGUGCGCUGGCGCCGACGGAGACGAUUCCCCUGCUGCGCGGGGAGGCGGGAGGCGCGCUGGCGCCGACGGAGACGAUUCCCCUGCUGCGCGGGGAGGCGGGAGGCGCGCUGGCGCCGACGGAGACGAUUCCCCUGCUGCGCGGGGAGGCGGGAGGCGCGCUGGCGCCGACGGAGACGAUUCCCCUGCUGCGCGGGGAGGCGGGAGAUGCGCUGGAGCCGACGGAGACGAUUCUCCUGCUGCGCGGGGAGGUGGGAGGCGCGCUGGCGCCGACGGAGACGAUUCCCUUGCUGCGCGGGGAGGCGGGAAUGGAGAAAGAAUGGGAGAGGGUGACGGACAGAGACAUCGCGAGAAAGCAUGGAACGAGGAAAGGGGAAGGAGGAAGGAAGAGCGCAUACCUGGAGCACGGAAAAUAAAUGAUAGGGAGCAGGGCUGGGGUGAGGGAGUUGAGCGCCAGGCCACAGAACGUCAAGGGAAAGAAAGGAGCCAUGGCGCACCUGCUGGAGUGUUCCACUCGCCCGACCUGAGGCAGGGGUAUGAGCACAGGCGGCGUAUGGCGAGAGGUGACUGGAUAGGCUUAGGACUGCCGAGGAGGGGAGAGCGAUGCGGUGCUGAAGAAGGAGGCAGGGACGGAGGAAGGGAGCGAGCAACGAAGGUGAGGGCAUGGGCAGUGGCAGAAGAGGAGGAGAAGGAUGAGAUAGUGAGGGAAUGGGCAGUGGCAGAAGGGGAAGAGAAGGACGAGAAGGAGGAGGCGGGAGUGUGCGAUUUAGUAGCAGCAGGCACUGAAGGGAAGAAUGAGAGGGAGGGGACCUGGGCGUGCGUACCAGCAGCCGCGGAAGCAGAAGAGAAGGAGGAGCAGGUGGGGGCAGGAGUGAGCGAACUUGCAGCAGGAGAAGUAGAAGAGAGGGACGUAGAGGCGGGGGCAAGGCCGUGUGUACCAGCGACAGCAGAUGCAGAAGGGAAGGGCGUGAAGGAGGGAGCGGUGAAGAAAGGAGGGGAGAAGGAGCUGAGCAGUACAGACAUGGGAGGGAGUGGUUGGCAGCCAGCGCUAAGGACAGCGGAGUUGUUCGGGGAAAUCAGGGCAGGGGCAAAGACUGGCGUGACAGUGAAGGAUCGGAUGCAAGCAGAGGAGCAAGCGCAGGGAAACAAGCUGGCGGAGCAGCAUGUGAGGAAGCUGCGGGGAGGGAGGCCAGAGCUGCUGGGGGAAGCAGAGCAGGAGAGUAAGGAAUGCUCGGUCUGCAUUGCGCACGGUGGUGUGGGCACCAACUUCGGCGCCAAAGGAGAAGGGGCAACCGAUGUGCAGACCCAGGCAAUGCGGAAGCAUCAGCGCACAAGGAAGCACCGCCGAGCUGUGCGUAGACAGAGGACAGCUGAGGCAGCGCUCAAGGCUAACCGCCGAAUCGACGACAACGCGAAGGCGACAGGCAUUGAGAAGGAGCGCCUGAUCUCGCUCUUCGAGACCGCACUCUUCCUCACUAAGUCCGAUGCCCAGAUCGAGAUGUUCGUGGGCCUCGUCCGACAUCUGGCGCAGCGUGGUACGCCUGGCUUCCCAAAGAGCGGUUAUGGUUCCUACUAUACGACGGAAGCUCUAGCUGCAAAGGAUGCGGCUAAGGCACUACCAGAGAUGGGCAUUAUCGACGCGGUUAUCCGCGCAGUGGCGGAAGAUCUCGGCAGAUCUAAGCCCUACAACCACAAGUUCAAGGAGCUGCAGGAAGUCUUCACUCAUACCAACCUCGAGGUCCAGGGGAUCCAUUCCGUCCGCUGGUUAAGUCGCGGCGAUGCUAUUGCACGAUUCGUCCGCGUUCUGCCUGCUGUGAUCGUUCUCCUCGAGGAGACGGACGCGGCGAUGUACCUCCUGGUGACAUUGUUCAAAUUUCAUUUCUUCCUGUUCUUCCUGGCGGGCAUGCACACGGCACUCAACGCGCUCAACCUGCGAUUCCAGAAACGACAUGUUGACCUCACUGCAGUGCACUCCCAGGUGAGGCGGACCAUCAUCUACAUCGAGCAGAGGUACCUGAACUGUGGCCAGCAGUUUGGCGGUGGGACCAGCGAGCUGCUGUCUGCAUUCCUCGCGCGGCACGCCUUGCCAGACUGCCGUGAAGUGAUUGUGGAGGGGGUGGACAAGGAGGGUCAGAGCAGCAGGAAAAGGCGCCCCAGCAAGCGCAAGGAGCACGCUGCACCAGAGAAGGAGCGGGCCAAGUUUGUUAAGGGGAGUGGCCGCCGGGUGCUGCAGGUGGAGGAGGAGCUAGACGAGGGCAUGCAUGGUUCUGCAGGCGAUGACAGUGAGAGCGAUGGUGGUGACAGUAGCAGUGGUGGUGAUUGUGAGAGUGAUUCUGACGAUGAGAUGAGUUAG